AUGCUCGCCUUUGUCCAGUCCCAUCCUCUCUAUCUCCUCAUCGUCUUUGGCUCAGCUCUCUUGGUUGCAUCCGCUGCCUACGUCGUCUACCAAUGCUAUUUCUCACCCUUGGCCUCGUUUCCAGGCCCUUUCGCGGCCAAGGUGACCUCGUUAUGGCGACCAUAUAUGACCUCUCGAGGCCAGUGGCAUCGUUAUUUGGACGAGUUGCAUCGUCGGCAUGGUAGUGUUGUACGAAUCGGACCCAACCAGCUGAGCAUUGGAGAUCCCGAUGCAUUCCGAACGAUCUAUAGAAUCAGCGGUGCCUUCGUCAAAUCAUCCUCUUAUGCUGUACUUCAGGGAUCGCGACCCUUUGAUCUUGCAGGCGAGCGCAGCGAGAAGAUCCAUGCGGCCCAGCGACGACUUGUGGCACGACCCUACUCAAUGGAGUCGGUCGUCCACCUUGAGCCGCAGGUUGACCGUCUCCUCGACGAUCUGCUCGUCAAGUUCGACGCCUUUGCUCUCUCUCCAAACCCCAUUGACCUCGGCAACUGGUUCCAGCUCUUCGCGUUCGAUGUCAUUGGCGCCGUCUCCUUCUCCAAGCCCUUCGGAUUUGUGGCCCGAGGCACCGAUGAGGGCAUCUUUGGCAGGAUUGAGCGUGCUUUUAGCAGCACGAGCUGGCUGAUGCACGCACCAUUGGUCUACAAAUUCCAUCAGAAGUUCAUCCUGCCCUAUAUCGGAAAUUUCCUGGCCGCCAAUGAUCGGAAUGGCUACUUUUUCGAGUUUGCGAAAUCCGAGGUGCAAGACCGAAGGGACAAGGGAGGCAACGACAAGGAUAUCGUAGGACAGCUCUUCCAGACCGCACGCAACAAGCCGGAACUAACCGAUCUCUCUAUCUCCUUUAUGAUGACGUCCAAUGUCUUCGCGGGAUCUGACACAACGGCCAUUGGCCUCCGCAGCAUCUUCCUCAACCUCCUCCAGCACCCCCGCGUCCUGGCAAAGCUCAGGGCCGAACUCGAGGAGCGGAAGGCGGCAGGCCAGCUUUCAAACCCAGUCACAUUCCAUGAAGCCGAAGCCUGUCCCUAUUUGCAGGCCGUCAUCUACGAAGCGUUGAGAGUCUUUAGCCCGGUCGGAACCAUCCCCGACAGAGACGUGCCCAAGGAAGGCAUGACUAUCUGUGGCAGAUUCAUCCCAGGAGGUACCGUUGUUGGUACUAGCCCUUGGGUUAUCCAUCAUUCGCCCGAGAUUUGGGGACCCGACUACGAGGAAUUCAAGCCUGAACGCUGGUUGGGAGAGGAUUCUAGCCAUCUGAGUAAGAAAAACAAUAGGUUCUUCUUCACCUUUGGUGGCGGUACGAGGACAUGCAUCGGCAAGAACAUUAGCUGGCUCGAGAUGGACAAGCUGGUUUCCACUCUCCUGAUGCGGUACAACUUUGAGCUUGUCGAUGAAGCAAAUAUUACUGAUGUUUGCAGGUGA